GCUUUCAUGAGGAGGUGAGAAGAGCUGACACAAAAUCUGAGACUUGUUUUAGAAGUGCUUAUUUUCUCAUCUUUUCUCAUGCUGUUGGUGCUCUGCUGGUGGCUCAAACAAGCCAUUUGGGGGAUUUGUGUUAGAUAAAUUGAUGCCUUCUUUGUUUCCUUUUUUUCUUUUGUGGAACGUGGAUCAGCAAUGCCUCUCCGUGUGGCCGUGGUUGGGGCAGGCAGCUCAGGCCUGACCUGCAUUAAGGCCUGUGUUGAUGAGGGCUUGCAGCCUGUCUGUUUUGAAAGCAGUGACGACAUUGGAGGCUUGUGGAAAUUUCAGGAGCUGCCUGAGCCAAUGCAAUCCAGCAUCUACCGCUCUUUGGUGUCAAACACCUCUAAAGAGAUGAUGUGUUUCAGUGAUUUUCCCAUGCCAGAUGACUAUCCAAACUACAUGCACAACUCCCAGCUGCUGCAGUAUUUGAGGCUCUACACUGAACAUUUUAACUUACUGAAAUACAUCGUGUUUCAGACCAAAGUGAGAAGUGCUACACAAAGACCAGGCUUCUCUGUGUCGGGACAGUGGGACGUAGUGACGACAAACAAAAGCGGAGAGGAAGAGCAUUGGAUCUUUGAUGCGGUUCUGGUUUGUUCAGGACACUACACCCAUCCAACUUUACCUCAAUUGGAUUUUCAAGGGCAGGAGACUUUCUCUGGCAAAUGUUUGCACAGCUGGGAAUAUAAGGAUGCAGAGCCCUACAGAGGAAAAAGGGUGGUGGUGGUCGGCCUCGGCAACUCUGGAGGAGACAUUGCUGUAGAAAUCAGCAGAUCUGCAGAAAAGACAUUUCUCAGCACACGACGUGGAGCCUGGGUAAUCGGUAGGAUGGCCGCCAACGGCCUUCCUCUGGACAUGACGGCCAUCACCAGGUUCAACGGCUUCAUAACGCAGCUGCUUCCCAGAGGUUUUGUGAACUGGGUGACUGAAAGAACACUGAACCAGAAAUAUGACCACGACCUUUAUGCUUUGAAACCCAGACACAGAUUUAUAGACAGAAGACCUUUGAUUAAUGACGAUCUUCCCGGUCGAAUCCUCCAGGGGGCGUUAGUCAUAAAGCCCAACCUGAAGGAGCUCAAGGACACAUCGGCUGUGUUUGAAGAUGGCUCACAGGAGGAGAACAUUAGUGCAGUGAUCUUUUGUACUGGUUACAAAGGAACUUUCCCCUUCCUGGACACUGCCCUGUCUGAAAGACCACAUGGGGAGUUGACACUGUACAAAAGAGUAUUUCCACCAUCCCUGGAACACCCCACUCUGGCCAUCAUGGGUCUUUUUCAAGCUAAAGGACCAAUCAUCCCAGUAGUGGAGAUGCAGGCUCGCUGGGCUGUUAAGGUCUUUUCAGGCUCAACCCAUCUUCCACCCAAAGAAAGGAUGCUAGAAGUCAUUGAGUCUGAUAGAAAGAGGAACAUAAGAAGCUAUCCCUGCCCACAACAGGCUGCUCUGCAGAUAGAUUACAUACCAUACCUGGAUUUCAUGGCUACUGAGGUGGGUGCUCGGCCAAACCUCCUGAAGCUGCUCCUGAGAGAUCCUGUGCUCUGGAUGAAGGUCGUCUUUGGUCCCUGCACUCCCUAUCAGUACCGCCUCACUGGGCCUGGACAGUGGACGGGGGCCCGAUGCGCCAUCCUGACUCAAUGGGAACGGGUUGCUAAACCUUUCAAGACCAGACUAGUGCCCCAACCUGAGCCCAGGGCAAACUUUUUAUAUUCUCCCUGGUCAAUUGCGCUUGUAGGAACUGUGAUAGCAGCAGUGCUUUUGUCUGCAUUGGUGCAAAAUGCAACUUUGCUCAGGGGCUCUUGGUCCCCUGGCCAUUGAUAUGGAGAGGAAUAUUCACUGUAGGAAAAAUUAAAUAAACAGGUCAACAAAGUACAUCUUAAGCUUUUGGUUCAACUUAGUACAGAGUAUUUUUAUUUAACCCUCCUGUUGUGUUUGUGUCAAAUCUGACCAAUUUACAAUUUCAAACACUCAUACUUUUGUCUCCAUUAAUGUAGGGAAAUGUCUCCACCUAAUGGUCUUUCUGUGUCACUAGAGAAUUCUGCAUCAUGUUCAUCAUUAAAUCAGAUUUCUAGUGCAUUUAUGUUUUGUGUUUAUGUUUAUGUAGGUAUGGUUAAUACUAAUAAAGUUGCACAUUUUGUUUG